CAGCAAAGUUAAUUAUUGAAACCAAAGGGAGUCCAGGCAUUCUUGACUUUUAGCCCUCAUAGACCACUCUCUGCUUUUCAGAUACUUUGCCCCUUUUUUUUCUCCCUUCAUAUGUGUACUGGUGCAGAUUAAUGAUGUUACAUUUUAAGAGCAGAAGGCUGAUUUUGGAGUUAUUGCCAGUAUUGCUACUCGUGCUGCCUCAGCCUGGGAGCCUCAUAAGUGUGAGGAACCUUCUUCCCUAUGGACCCAGCUAUGGUGACUUGUCGCUGGAUCAUGGAGAUGAGGAAGUAUCAGAUACCAUCACGCUCAGACAAACCCUGAACUUGUAUGAUAGCAUCGUGACUUUCCUCUAUGUUUCCACUGAUGGCUUCAUAUCAACAAGUAACCCAUUAAAUGGAGAAUAUCUUGAAACAUUUCCACCAAGUUUUGGAAUGAUUGCACCAUUUCUCUCGGACAUUGAUACAACAAACAGCGGAGAUGUGUACUAUCGAGAGGAUUCAUCAGAAGAAGUCUUAGAAUCUGUAGCCAACCAUAUUAAAAGAGCUUUUCCUGAAAGCAGAUUCUAUCCCAAAACUGCUUUCAUAUGUACCUGGGAAAAUGUGUCACCGUACUAUCCACAGAGAGGAGAUGUGCUUCCACAAAACAAGAAAAACACAUUUCAAGCAGUUCUAGCAUCCGAUAUCUCCAAAUCAUAUGCUAUUUUCAUAUACCCAGAAGAUGCAAUGGGAUUUUAUACAACACAGUCUAAGAAGAGUUCUAGUGAGGAAAUUACUCCCAGGGUGGCAUUUAGCAAAGGCGAUUAUGAAGGUCUUUUUUGGACAACAAAAGGACCCCACGAUGAAUUUGCUAAUGAUAAACAAACGGUUGAAAGUUUACCCUGGAAUAGCAAUUCAGGUAUGAAUGGAGUCUGGGUUUAUGAUAUAGGUGGAGAUUCAACGUAUAAUAAAAUUAUAUCUGCUAAUGUGGAACCCCAGUUUACACCUACUGAAACUGUGUAUCAGUAUGACACAAGUCCUGAAGCAACAGAAGAGUUGGACACAGAUACACCCCCUAUAGAGUUUGAGGUGCACACCCCAAGAUCUGAUGUCCCUGAAGUACCCGAUUACAGGAAUCCUUAUGAUGGCGAAUUUCAGUAUGAAAUUCCACAAAACAUACCAGUCCAAACGGUGUCUCCUGAUGUCUUUAUUGAAGCAAACUUUGACAACACAGAUAUACAAACUCAACAAUUCAAUGAUCCUUCCUUCCCCAGAAAUAAUCCACAGGUUGUGGUUGUAGAUGAAGAAUUUGAUGGAACUGGAGUAGUUUUCCAGUAUAAUGUAGGCAAUCAACAAAACUGUGCAAACAACCGCCAUCAGUGCUCCGCACAUGCAAUUUGCAGAGACUUUUCAACUGGAUUUUGCUGUAGCUGUUCUCCUGGUUACUAUGGUAACGGACGGCAGUGUGUAUCAGAAGGAGCUGCUCAGCGUGUUAAUGGUAAAGUAAAAGGCAGAAUCUAUGUGGGUAAUAAUCCAUCUCCGGUUGUUUUUGAGAACAUUGACCUACAUUCAUACGUGGUGGUUAACGACGGACGAGCCUAUACGGCUAUUAGCACAAUUGUGGAUUCACUGGGCUUCUCCUUGCUGCCACUUGCCUCUAUCGGUGGUAUUAUUGGUUGGAUGUUUGCCCUGCAACAACCAGGAUAUAAGAAUGGAUUCAGCAUUACUGGUGGGGAAUUUACAAGACGGGCAGAGGUCACUUUUUUGAAGAAGAAUGAGAAAAUAGUUAUUACUCAGCAAUUCAUUGGCAUUGAUGAGCAUGGCCAUCUCACCAUCAGUACUAACCUUGAAGGCAAAGUGCCAGAGAUACCAUUUGGCUCUUCUGUUCAGAUUGAGCCUUAUACUGAGCUUUACCACCACUCCAGCUCAGUUAUUACAUCCCAGUCCAUCAGAGAGUAUACUGUAGAAUCUCCAGAGGAUGAACCAGAGACGUUCACUUAUCAGUGGAAACAGACCAUCUCAUUUCAGGAGUGCACUCAUGAUAACAGCGCCCCUACAGGACAUACUACGCAGCAGCUGUCAGUGGAUCGUGUUUUUGUGUUAUACAAUAGGGAUGAACAAAUCUUACGUUUUGCCUCAAGCAACUCCAUAGGACCUAUCAGUGAGGGCCCUGUAGAUACAAACCGAAAUCCAUGCUACCUAGGGACUCAUGGAUGUGACACAAACGCUAUGUGCCGACCAGGUCAAGGAAACCAAUUUACAUGUGAAUGCACCCCUGGCUUCCGAGGAGAUGGAAGGACUUGUUAUGAUGUUGAUGAAUGCCAGGAGCAACAAAACAUUUGUGGAAGCAAUUCGAUAUGUAACAAUCAACCAGGAACGUUCCGCUGCGAGUGCCUUGAGGGGUACCAGUUCUUGGAGGAUGGGAGAACAUGUGUGGCUGUGGAGCGUCCUAUAAACCACUGUUUAUCUGAAACACACAACUGCGAUAUUGCGGACCGUGCACGCUGUAUAUACACGGGUGGUUCUUCAUACAUAUGUACCUGUUUAUCUGGAUAUUCUGGAGAUGGUCAAUCUUGUGUUGAUGUUGAUGAAUGUGAAACAAGUCCAUGCCAUCCAGAUGCUGAAUGCUACAAUACUCCAGGCUCUUUUGCAUGUCAGUGUUUAGAAGGAUUUGUUGGAAAUGGAUUCCAGUGUGUUCCCGGAGUGCCAGACAAGACAAAAUGUCAGCAACACAGAGACAAUGUCCUUGGUUAUGCCUCUCCAAGGGGACCUCGACCUCCCAUUGGUCAGUUUGUCCCCAGCUGUGAUGAAGAUGGCAACUACACUCCUAUACAGUGUCAUUCAGGCACUGGGUAUUGCUGGUGUGUGGACAGGGAGGGUAAUGAACUGAACGGCACCAGAACUGGCCCAGGGUUUAGACCACCAUGUCUUGACCCAGUUACUCGUCCUCCUCCAGUCAGACCCACAGUAAGGCCAGAUGUGGUUCCUCUACCAUCAGGAACACAUUUGCUCUUUGCCCAAAGUGGGAAGAUUGAACAUGUGCCUCUAGAGGGGAACGGUAUGAAGAAGGCAGAUGCUAAAGCUUUACUCCAUAUCCCAGAUAAAGUUGUAAUUGGUAUUGCAUUUGAUUGCGUGGAUAAAGUUGUAUACUGGACUGACAUAAGUGGACCAUCCAUUAGUAGAGCAAGCAUAAAUGGUGGGGAACCAACAUCAAUUAUUAAAACAGAUUUAGGCAGCCCUGAAGGAAUUGCAGUUGAUCAUCUCGGACGUAACGUUUUCUGGACUGACUCUAUAAAGGAUACCAUUGAAGUGGCCAAACUGGAUGGGAGGCAUCGUCGUGUAUUAAUAGAUACAGAACUGGAAAAUCCUAGAGGAAUAGUUACAGAUGCUGCUAAAGGAAAUCUAUAUUGGACUGAUUGGAACAGAGCUGCUCCAAAAAUCGAAACAUCGUAUUUGGACGGAACCAACAGACGAAUCCUUGUAAAAGAUGACCUUGGCCUACCUAAUGGACUAACAGUUGAUCCAUAUUCAUCUAUGCUUUGCUGGGUUGAUGCAGGAACCAAAAGAAUGGAAUGUAUGAAUCCCAGUCAGCCCAGCCGACGAAAGAUUGUUGAAGGCAUCCAGUACCCCUUUGGUAUCACAAGUUAUGGGAAAAAUUUAUAUUACACAGAUUGGAAGAGAGAUGCAGUUGUAGCAGUUGAUAGCACAAUUUCCAAAGAGAAUGAUAACUUCCAGCCCCUCAAGCGCUCCCGUCUUUAUGGAAUAACAACUGCAUAUUCUCAGUGUCCACAAGGACAGAACUACUGUGUGGCUAACAAUGGAGGCUGCUCACACCUGUGCUUGGCAACACCUGGUGGACGAUCUUGUAUGUGCCCUACAGAGUCUAUAGGAGUUGAUUGUAUAGAAAGAAAUUAAAGUAUUGUUUCCCAGUGAUACAUUCCUUCAAACCUCUUAAGUACACAACAUGGAGGUGGUCUGAGGGCGUAGGUAAAAUUCAUAUGCCCUAACGCCGGACAUGUUAUGAUGCUGCAGUGCCAUAUGAUAUCUUAUUACAUAUCAUUGACUUUCUUUUCAAACAUGAUUGAAUCAUAAUUGAAACAAAGUUUAAUCAUUUAUAAGUAUUUCCUUUGGGUCAGUAUUGGUGCAAUAAAUGCCUUAUAAAAAGCAUGAUCAUACCUGUGGUUUGAAUUUCAUAAAUGUCUUAAACUUUAAUGUUGAAUUGUUUACUUUGUAUUUCAUUAUUUUUCUACCCUUAAAAAAGCUACAUAUUUUUAACCCUAAAAAGGCAGUAAUCAUAAUAUUUUGAUAUUCACUUAAUAAGCCUUCAUAAAAGAAAAAAACAAAACAAAACAUAAUUGACACAAAUACUUUUACAAGAAUUGUGUACAUUCUUUUAUAGAAAAACUAAAUUUUCUACAUAAAUUUGUGUUUGGAACACCCAUUUCAAAGAAAAAUAUUUUUUUCUAAUGAUUUGUUAUUACAAAUAAAUUACUGCAGGUGUUAUAUGACCCAUAUUAAUUGCAGUACAGUUUUUUUUAUUAGCUAUAUAUCUCUAAAUUUGGCCCCCAGAAUUUAAAAAAAAAACAAAAAAAAAAAAAAACAGUCACAAUGAAAAUACACAUACAAAGUACAAUAGGCAAAAUGGGGUUUUAUAUGAGCUAUAAUAUAUUAUAUUUUUUAACUGUAUUUUGCAAAGUUCUAUAUUAUGAAAUUAUAGUACUUUUUUGUCAGGGACAUUUUAAUAUACUUUGAAAUGUUUGUUAAAUGCUCAGACAUCACUGUUCCAAUUAAUGAUGUAUCAGAAUAAAAUACUGUAGUAAACCUUUCUGUAUCACAACACAGCAAAACCUUCAUAUCGAAUAGAGUCUUUCUUUGAUAUUUUUCAUGAUAAAAAAAAAUACAUUACAGAUAAUUUCUAUUUUUUUUUGUUAAAAUAAACUUUCAUUCAAUGUGUCAUUUUGCAGAUAUUUCUGUAAAUAAAACUGUUAAAAAGUAAAAGGUGCUCAGAAACAUUUUCUAACAAUAAGAAACAAGUGAUACUAUAAAGUUUACACUAUGUACAGCAAUGUAUAACAUGAAGAAGGAAACUUUAAAAAAUAAAAUAAACUUGUUUUGGAAAACCAA